AUGGCCCUAUCGCCGACACUGGAUGACAUAUACGAUGCGUGUGGUCGUUUGGAUGAGGCAAAAGGAGAAAAAAAUGUGGAUGAUUACGCGUUGUUUUUGGAUGGCGCUAAAAAUGGAGAUGCAAAGGUGAAGAAGUUAAGUGCUCAAAUGAUUGUUCGAUAUUGGAAGAAUUUCACAGAACAGCGUAACAUGGCAUUCUAUUCACUGGUUUCUAUAUUGGAAGAUCGUGAUCCUGAGACUCGAAAGGCUGUAAUUCGUGAAUUAUCUCAGUUGGUUAAAACUGGUGAAUUAGUGGAUAAAAUAGCAGAUGUUUUAUCACAGAUGUUACAACAAACUGAUGAUCCGCAAGAAAUGUCAAUUCUCACGAAUACACUCGUUCAGUUCUUGAAAUCGUAUCCUAAAGGUAUUGUUAUAAGAUUCAACGUCUUUGUUGAUUUAUCGGGUAGAAGUGAUGGUGGUGAGGGUCAUAUUGAUAAAGAGAAAAAAGAAUCAAUAUUCAAUAGUUGUGAGCGUAAUUUAGAUGUACUAUCAGCAAUAUUCGUAAAUAUAACAAAAUCAGAAGAUGAAGCGAUACGAAUUCGUUUAUUGAAAUUUAUCAAUGAACAUUUACGUGAUGUGGCUGCAAAACAACUCUCGGCUGAACUGCGAACUCUAAUUGAAGAGCAGUUUCGCGAGAUAAUGAAAGAUGUAACAGCAGCCGAAUUCGACUUGAUUUUCAAUUUAAUGCGUUCAAUGAAUACAUACGAAUCGGUCCAGGGUCGUAUUUUCCUGUACAAAAUGGUUGUUGAGCAGAUCGCUAUUGAGCAACCCUUUCCGGCACAAGAUGUUCAACGUUUCGAUCAAAUUCUCUACUUUGUUGAACGAGCACAAACCCUUCUUUCAGCAAAUUGUCGUAGUACAGACUUGAUGAAUUAUUUGGUAUCGAAGGGUAUACCAGCGUUACAAUCUGAAUUAACAGUAAAAACAACGGCCACAGCACCCGUAGCAACAUCAUUAAAGAAUCGCUUACUACGUGCAAUCGCUCAGUUGGCGCCAUAUGCUGGAACGUUGAGUGAAGAACGUGUAACAGCUAUUUUUGAAUAUCUUUUGAAUUUGAUACCUCCGUUGCCAUCGGAGAUUUUGGAGACAAAUGUGGAUGGGAAUGGUACAGAAGAGGAAGAAGUUGAGUCACGUUUGAAAUUGAGUGAAUUGGAAGCAGUUGGAUUGGCUAUUUAUACGUUAUUCAAAAAGAAUCGAAAUAUUUUCAAUUCAUUACUGGAGCAAAAAGAACAAUUCUCGAAUUGGCCGAAAAGGAUUAUCUACCUGGCAGGUCUUUUACAAAACUAUAUAACGAGUGCAAACAACGAAUUGAAGCAGUUGUGUGAUGUUCACGCAGGGCAAUGUGAUCGGGUGAAAAUUGAUUUCUUGGAAAGUGCACUCAAAAUGGCUUGGAAUGUGUUGAAGAUUUGUAAGGAUUUAGCACAUCCGAAGCCAACAUUUCAAUUAACAAUUCAACCAAGUUGGAACAAAUGUGCUACCACUGCAGUUGCUAGCAGUCGUUCGAAGUUAUCAUUCACACAGAAAUCUGUCGAGCACGCUUCAUCGGGCAACAACAACAGUAAUAUUUCAUCAGCAUCCACAUCAACAAAACGUAGAAUAACGAUGAAUGAUGGCAAUGAUGAAGUAAAGGACAAGAAAGAACGAUUCUCAGAGAAUUAUUACGUUCCACCCGGUGGCAAGUACAGUGGAUCAGUUAGUGGAUUCAACAAGCGCGGUGUCUGGCGUGCUAAUUGGUCAAGAUUUCGUGGUGGGGGUAGUGCUCGUGCAAGAGGCUUGAGCAGUGGUCGAUUUAGGAGGUUUGUAGCACCCAACGUUGAUGAUAAAAGUAUUAUGAGUCGUCAGGCUUUCGAGAUUGCUGGAGCGCAAGUGGAUAAGAUAGGUAAGAGUAACAAAUGGCCGAGCAAUGAAUCCAAUGUGAAUACAAUGAUUGAUGGACGUUAUCCAAUUCAUUAUGCAGCUGAUUAUGGACAGAUCGAAAUAAUGCAGUAUUUGUUGAGUAAAGGUGCUGAUGUGAAUGUGACAGAUGUGCAUGGAAUAACGGCAUUGUUAGCUGCUGUCUUCGAGGGACAUAAGCAAAUCGUGUGCCUUCUUCUUUCGAAGGGUGCACGUCGUGACGAUAAAGCACCAGAUGGCCGUUGUAUAGCGGAAUGUACGAAUGAAGAAGAUAUUAAGCAAAUGCUAGCAGUUGAAAAUUAUUGUGCUUAA